UAGAUGUCCUAAUGCCAGGUGAGAAGCUGGGAUCUGAAUCCUCGCGUGAAGAUGGAGAAAAGAGCGAGCUGCAGCAAGGUGAGUGUGGAGUAGACAGAAAGUUGGAUUUCAUCAAGAUUGAUGACUUUGCAAGAUGAUGACUCAUGGUGAUGGCUUGCAGGGUCAUAAAUAAAAGAAGGCACAUGGGACUUCAACAACUUUCAUCAUUUGCGGGAACAGGAAGAACUUUCCUAGGUCCAUUAAAAUUAUCUAAAUUUAUUAUAGAUGCAGAGUGUCAUGAAAGUGUGUUAAUCAGUUCAACAGUAAGGCUUCUUGAAAGUUUGGAUUUAACCAGUGCAGUGGGACAACUUCUCAACGAAGCAGUUCAAGCACAAAAUAACACAUAUAAAACUGGAACCAGUACUCUUUUGUUUCUCAUCGGUGCCUGGAGCAGUGCUGCUGAAGAAUGUCUCCAUUUAGGUGUCCCCAUUUCAUUAAUAGUGUCUGCAAUGUCAGAGGGCUUGAACUCUUGCAUUGAAGAGGUAGUUUCCCUUCAAGUACCUGUCCACAGUGUAUUUGACCAUAUAGACAGCACUAAGACAUUUUCUGGACUUGAAACAUCUAGUGUCAGUUUGUGUCCUUUUCUACAAAUCCCUUCAGAUACUGGUUUACAGAAAGAGCAUGAUCUCAAAGAUGUUGCCUCUCCAUCACUGACCUUUUACAGUCUUGCUGGGAUACCUGUUAGAUCAACUAAACUCUUUAGAUCUCAGGCUGAAGUUGAAGCAGAUAAAAAUACACUACAAAAUCCUCAAAGUCUGCAAAACAGUCUGCUCACAGGCAGCCAUUAUGGAAAGUCAAUACUAAUCCACAGUAGGCAUUUUAAUAGGACAGAUAAUAAUCAGUGGAUAAACAAACCAGAUGGAUUUCUAGAACAACAUGGUGGAGCUACUCCCAGUACUUACAGAUGCAGUGAUUUGGUAGAGUUGGAGAUGGGUUUGAGUCACGGAGAUCACCAUAGCAUGAAAUUAGUAGAUGAAGCAGUACGGCUGCAGUAUCAGAAUGCAAGUAUGCAGCAAGGCAGCCGUAUGAUGCCAUUUUGGUUUGACAUUUCCAGAAUCUUCAUUUGUUGUUUACCAGGUGUACCUGAAAGUUUUUCUUGUGUCUGUCCAGGAUUUAUCACUGUUCUAUCAAUAUCUAAUACUACUCUGAUCAAGGAAUUACAGAAUCAGCCUAUCCGGAUUCUUCUCAUUGAGGGUGACCUCACAGAGAAUUAUCGGCACCUGGGGUUUAAUAAGGCUACAAAUAUUAACACAGUAUUGGAAAGCAUGAGGGUUCAACAAGACACCACAGAAGAACUGUGGACAAAUUAUGUCUUACAGGUAUUAAUUAAGUUCAACGUGAACCUCGUCCUGGUACAAGGAAAUGUGUCUGAACACUUAACUGAAAAGUGCAUACACAGUAAGCGGUUGGUACUUGGGUCCGUGAAUAGCAGUGUGAUGCAGGCUUUUGCAGAAGCUUCGGGAGCAGUACAGGUGACCUACAUCACACAAGUGAAUGAAAACUGUGUGGGCAGUGGGGUCUCUGUGACCUUCUGGAGAAGUAUUCCUUCAGAUGUCAUAGAUAGGAUCAACGUAAUCACAAUCGUGAUAAAAACGGAAGGAAUUAAUCUGGUUACAGUGGUGCUCACUAGCUCAGUCACUGCACAGAUGCAAACCAAAGAAGAUAGAUUCUGGACUUGUGCCUAUCGUCUGUAUUAUGCUCUAAAAGAGCAAAAGGUCUUCCUUGGAGGUGGUGCAGUUGAAUUUUUGUGCCUUAGCCACCUUCAGAUUCUUGCAAAGCAAUCACUGAGUAAAAGAAACCACGUUUGUUCAGGAUGGCUUCCUAAUACUUCCUCUUGGCUGGCCUCCUCUCUGGCACUAUACAGAUCAACUGUGCUUAAAUGCCUUGCAAAUGGGUGGCACAAAUACCUUUCAACUCUCAUAUAUAACACAGCCAGUUGCUCAUCAGAAUUUGAAGCCAGCACAUUCAUUCAACAGCGUCUACAAAAUGCCACAGACUCUGGUUCUCCUUCAUCUUACAUCUUGAAUGAAUAUAGUAAACUAAAUAGUGGAAUUUUUAAUUCAGCCAUUUCAAAUAAACUGGAACAGAUUCCAAGCAUUUAUGACGUAGUUAUACCAAAGACCGAGGCAUGGCGCCGAGCUUUGGAUUUAGUACUAUUAGUACUUCAAACAGACAGUGAAAUUAUUACUGGACUUGGACACAGACAGUUAAAUUCACAGGAAACAGAGGGCUUUUUAUUUUUGUAGUGUUAUUGGCUAGGUCUUUGGAAAGUAAGAUUUUGUAAUGUAUCAUGCUAAUAAUAAAUUUCCUAAUAAUAAAUCAAGCCAAGUCAUAGUGCCAGCCUUUACCAAGAAGAAAAUUGUUGAUGUCUGUCAAUAACUGCAGGGUCUGAGAUUUCACCCAACUUACCUGUUAGCCUGUUACCAUUUCAUGGUAUGCAACAGAUACACGAGACACUUGGAUCAGAGACAGUGCACUUUGAUAUUCAUUAUCAAAGCAGUAGCUAGUGCUUCUUGUUGGUUUGUAUCAGUUCCCAUUUCUCUGAGCUCCAUAAGAGCAACAUAAAAGGCCAGUGAUGGAAGCGGGCACACAAAGUGGGUUGUGUUACAGAAAAGGAACACUGAGCUUGGGGCAUUGAUUGCUUUUAUAGUAACCGGAAACAAUCCUGUUUUUUGCCCAAGGGGAGUUGUUACCUCAUGCCCCAAGAUUGCUCAAUGUAAACACAAGCCUGAGACACGGACUGGGUAAAGAUAGGUCAGGACCUUGCAUUGGUGGCAUACCCAGAAAAUAUGCCGUGUCAUUCAGAGCCCGUAUGGAUGGCCUCUUCCAACUACUCACUUCUUAACUUGAAAUGCUCUUGGCCAGACUUGAAUUUUCAUGUAAGAAUGCCACUCUGUUUACUAGUCUGAUUAAUCUGAUAAACAGGUUAUUUAGUCAAUAUCAGAUCUAUUCAGUUGGUUUCAUAGAGCAGUUAAUUAAGGCUGCUAUCAACAGACUGAGCAACAGGAUGAAACCAAUCUGUGCUACUGACCUCAGUCAUGUCCCCUAAGGUCUUGAAUUCAGGAAAAUCACAGCUUUUAUAGAAGCGGAAGUAAGCCUGUUCUUGGUCUGGAGUGAGAUAUUUUGUCAUCAUUCAAGGUUACUCACUGGAAACACAUCCCUGAGAAAUGGCCCAGAAAAAGAGAGCUCAAACCCAGCAAGAACAUGCAAGGAUGCUGAGAGUCCAUAGCAUUCUGUGUAUCCCAACAAAGUCUUACUCUUUUGCCACUAAGCCAUUAAAUGAACAUCUUAAGAACUGAACUAUGUGUGGAGUUGAAAAUUAGAAAAGCUCUGGGGAAAUAAUAACAGUAGUAAUGAAGUUAUUGAUUACCUAUGGUGUUCCAGGCACUAUUCUAAAGUCUUUACAUGUUGUAUUAACUUUUUAGGGUUGCCAUAACAAAAUGCCACAUAUUAGGGGGCUUAAACAACAGAAAUUUAUUUUCUCACAAUUCUGAGACCUAGACUCUGAGAUCAAGGUAUUGUCAGAGUCGGUUUCUUCUGAGGCCUCUUUCCAGUUCACUUGUAAAUGGAUGUCUUUUCCCUUUGUCUCACAAUGUCUUCCCUAUCUAUCUAUCUAUCUGUGUCCUAAUUUUCUCAUAAAGAC